AUGUCGAUAAACUACUUUAAACAUUCAGUUGGCGUUAUACAUCUGAUUCGUUUUAUUUGUUUAAUUCUUCUAUUAAGUUUAGCUGAACUAAAAAUUUCUUCUUGUAGUUCAUCUCUAAAUGAAUUUCUUGGUUUUAAUCAUUCGUCGAUACUUUUUUAUUAUAUUUUAAUAUGGAUAUCAUUUUCAUUUGAAAUCUAUUUUCUUAUUAAUCGUUUAUUUGGUUUAGAAAUUGUUCAAGCUAAAAAAUCGACUUUUAUCUUAAAUGCAUGUUUAUCUUUUUCAUAUUUUCUUGCAUCUUGUUUUACACUAUACGCAAUUCUUAAUUAUACACAUGGGCAUGUCAUAACUCAACAUGAUUUCGGUGAUCCAAAACUACGAAUUAUCAUUAUUACACAUGACUGUAACAUAUUACGUUUAAUCGGAAUUAUAUUUGGUUUUCUAAUUAGUAUAUUCUAUUUCAUUGCUACCAUACUAAUUUAUAAAUUAAAAGAUUAA